AUGUACAGUAUAUUAUCCGAUCUUGAAACAGAAUCUUACUAUAAAACGAAAGGCAAAUACGAAUUUCUCCUUCAUUAUCCACAAUUGAGUGGUAAUAAUUACAAUUGGUGGCGCCAAAGCCUCUCUCCAACAAUCCAAACUGAAAAUAGAACCAAAAGAAACCCAGAUGACCACUUUGUUCUUGGUUAUGAAAAAGUAAGUGUUCAUUACAACGGUAAUAAUUGGGGCGGAUUAAGCCUGACUGGAUCUGGCUAUGGUUCAUAUAUCAAUGGUUGUAUUAAUGUUUGGAAUUGGUAUUUCGCCAUUGGUUGUUAUGGGAAUGAAACUGGUUUCCCAGGGCCAAUAGGAGGUUUGAAUAAUUACUUAAAAUUUGUUGCUCUAUAUGCAAAAAUACAUAAUCUGAAUAUGAUCAGGUGCUUCUCAUGCAACGAAUUUCGAAAUUCUUUUUCGAUGUAUAACUUCCUUUUGUAUUCACUUGUAGUUGUGUAA